AUGGAAAAGGUUCUUCUGAUCAUCAUCGCUCUUUCAGGGCUGAGCGCUGUCUCCUCACAUGCUGAACGUCAGUACCAUUUUGUUUAUGAAGCAAAGAACAUGUCUGAAGCACAGAGAUACUGCAGAGAGAAACACACAGACCUGGCCACUGUAGACAGCGAGGAGGUUGUGAAGCUCCUGAACGACAUGGCAGGCCAACACAACCAAACCCAAGCUUCUACGGACCGGGGGAAGAUCGAGUUCAGACCAUGGGAGUUUGGACGACCAAGCAACGAGCACGAUGACCAAUGCACAUAUUUAGAUUCUUAUAAAACAGGAACAUGGUUUAAUUAUGAUUGUAAUCACGCCCUCCAGGCGAUCUGCUUUGAUGUCACAGGACCGAAUGCAACAUUUGUCCUCAUUGAGAGCUACAUGACAUGGACUGAUGCCCAGAGCUACUGCAGAGAACACCACACAGACCUGGCCAGUGUGAGAAACCUGACAGAGAACCAGCAGAUUGUUGAGCUGGUAUCUGGAGGGUUUUAUUGGAUCGGCCUUUACCGAGACUCCUGGAAGUGGUCCGAUGGAAGCAACUCCUCCUUCAAGUACUGGGCAGAUUAUAAACCUAACUACAUAGCUUUGAAGGUUUGUGUUGCUGUAGCUUUCGACAACUCUGGAAAAUGGGAGGACUUGGACUGUGGCCUGAAGAAACCAUUCAUCUGCUACGGACCUGUUGUGCCUGUUUCAAUGCAAGUGAUAAAGGUGAGGGUGCAGGAACCAAACGGUGUGGAUCUGAACGACCAAGCUUUUCUGGAUGCGAUGUUGGUGGAGGCGAAAAAGAACCUAAGGGCCCAGGGAUUGGACGACAACGUCCAAGUGGCCUGGAGGAAGCAGCCGGAUGGACAAGUCUUCCACAAGGAGGAGGAGGAGAAGAAGAAGAAGAGGGAUGAGCUCUAAAGCUGAAUUGCUGUGUGUGAUUUUUAUCAGAGAAAAGUGCAUUUCUUUCCUCAAAGUCCUCGUGUUACAGAAUUCAGCUGCAACAAUGAUCUGAAUAAUCAAUUAGUUACGAUCAUUUUGAUAGAAGAUUGAGAAUGUGAUGCUUCUCCUUGUUAUAUAUGAAUUUAAUAUGUUUAGGGGUUUUA